AUGCACCACCGCCUAACAUUGGCGGCGUCGCUGUACCGUGAGCUGUCAUAUCUAAUGCUGUAUGUUAGCUCGAGUGACUGGGACCUGUCUUUUCAGCGGUGUGAGAGCCAUCCAGACUCGCGCGUAACAAUCCGGCUGAUGGAGUGCUUGCACUGGCGGUGGCCACAGCUAGACCGAUUCUUGCGUGCAAAACAUCGCGACUUGCCUCUGCUUCCACGCACGUUGCUCAGUGCGUAUGUUGUGAUGAUUCGACGCAUUGUGCACAAAUGGGCGCUUUUCCAUGCGGAUGAGCGAAAUGCUGUGUGUGCUUCAGAGAUGCCAGAGGCCGCUUCACUGCUGUUCGACGGCUUGUACGUGCUGUUAGACUCACCGCGUCGCCGCGUUAUGAUCUGGCCCACGCUGGGCGUCCUGGUGGGUCUUGCACCUGUAGCGUAUGCACCAACGCGAAUGCGACGCGAAUCACACUCAAAAAAAUGGUCGUAUCUGGACGCGUUGUACCAUCACAUGUCACACCCGCGGCUUGGGCCGGCAGCCUGGUUUUCGACGGUCCUUAUCCACAAUCUGUGCGCGCUUGGCAAGUCAGCGAGUGUGCCUCAAGCGAUCACGUCAGCCACAAGCACGCGGCUGUGUGAGCUGCUGCACUUGUACCGACCGGAAGAUGCGCGCUUGGCAGGCCUGUUUCUUGCUUCGCUUAUUGUACUCGGGCACACGGAAACAGCCAUGGACCUCAUCCACUCGUUUUUGUAUGCGCGUCCAAGCCAUGCAGGCGUUUUGGUUGUAGCGCAUGCGCUCUUGAAGCUGCUGGUGCGUGAUUUAGGUGCGUGGCGCCGCAAGCUAUACCCGCCAUGUGCGCCUGUGUUACGUCGUACUUAUCGAGGUAUUAUCCGCACAUGGAUCGCAACAACCAAGGUCGACGACAUGUCGAUCGCUGUGCUUCACAGCAUACUGUAUCUUGCAUUGUUAGAUCCCAUGGCUGUGCUAACGCUUCUGCCGAAUGAGUCAGAUGCAGAGCUGCGUCUGCCACAGACGCCCACCGUCGCCCAGCUUGAUGCAGCGCUGCAGAAGGACUCGCGUGUUUCGUUAAUUCUUGGAUUCUUGCACAUGCCCACGACAGUCGUAAGUUUGCAUGCGGCGUCGCUAGCGGCGCUGAAGCGCCUUAGUGGGGGUACACCUGCAUCGGCAGUGCUUUCGCGCUUCCCAUACGUGCCAAGCUGGGUGGUCGAGGGACCCAAAGCGGCGUUCACGGAUACCUCGCAGAUCCUGGCGAUCCUAGCACCGGCUGACCUGGAAUCUGCUCGCUCUGCUUCGCAUCAUGUCUUACAGGCUGAAAGCGAAGGCGCAAUGCUAUAUUGGCUUGUUGCACUUCAUACGGCGCUUUCGCGGAUCCUUCGCUCACACGGUUCGAUAAAGCCGACGAUCGGACCGACAGCCGUGUUGUAUGGCCUGUGUAUGCCGAACUUGUCGGUCGUGCAACAGUCACUGGACGUGGGAAUUGUGCUUGACCAACUUGCUGACCUCCCUACUCCGUUGCCGUUGCUCAUCAAGACACGGCCCAACUUGUCGCUCAUCUGCCAGGUACUCAGCGCUGUUGAGCCGCCGAACGCGAUGGUCGUCACGGCUUGGACGGGUCUCAUGCGCGUCUUGCAGCAUAUUCUGCCACGGUAUUCGCACGGCCGAGUGUCGAAGUCGGAGCUGACACACAUGGCGCAUGUGCUUGUUGCUGGUGCGCACGUUGCACUGCACGACGCACCUGAGUCGAGCGAAAUGCCGCUUGUCCGCACUGUGGCCGACUUGCUCCUUUAUUAUUCGACGCUGCAUGACCUCGCGUUCAUUUUGCUUGAGGCCGUGCCAACGCCUGUCUUGCCGCACAUCGUAAGUAUCGUGCACGAAGGCUUACCUCGCGAUACGGCAUCACUGGCCGCUUGGCUCAGGCUGCUACAUGAUAUCAUACCACGUGUCAAUGUCGCUACGCUGCCGUCUACGAUGCUGCGCCAGCUUGUCGACAUGCUGCUUGUGUGUGCCCGAUCUGCCGAAAGCUCUGGCUCACGGCGAAACGUGUGUCAAGUGGCUGGUUUACUUGCGCAGUGUGAGCGGGUGGAAGUCGACUGCGCACGCGCUGAGCUUGUCGAUUGCAUCCUGCCGUGGGCGUUAAGUGACGAAGCUUUGCGCAAGGAGACGCUCGAAUGUGUUGCACCACUGACGACGCGUCUCACGGAUGACAUUGCGCCUAUUGUUCUGCGCUUGGAUUCGUCGUCGCAGUCGGCGCUGUCUCGGCGCACAGCGCGCAUCGUGGACCGGCUGAUCUGUGCCGCAAGUCUUGACAAAGACAUGGAUGCUGGUGUGCGGGACAUGGCAUUGGGGCAUGAGCCAUCAUUGGCUGUCACAGCCCUGGAACAUGUGCUGCGUCAAAAUAUGGACUUUCUGGCUCGUGAGGCCGUCACCCUGACUGUGUCGCCCCUGUCGUCUGCACGCAUUGCAAUUAUGUUGGCUGUGUCGCGGCUUUUCACUCUGCCUGAGUUCGCAGCACUGGAUUCGGCAGCAGAAGUGCCUCAGUUCGAUAUAGCUGAUGCGCUCUUUGCCGAAGACGGUUGUUGGAUAGCGCGCUGCAUCUCCAGUGGCGCUAUCAGCGAUGCUCAGCUGCUUGAGCGCGUGUUGGCCGGGAUGAUGCGCAUUGACAAGAUCCAUAAGAUCCUGCUUGCCUUGCUGGACAUGGAGAUCGACACAUGCACGGGCAAUGCCCAAUGGCUUCGGACUAAUUCGUCGACGCUCGCUUUUUUGUCCGCAUAUGCACGGCGAUCUGCAUAUGUCCACACCCAAUCUGUUGUGCACCGCCUGGCCGGAGUGGUGGCGUCGCUUCCGCCAGAUGCUCUCGAUUGGGAUGCAGCACAGUCGGAAGAUGCCCAAUCCAUGCGUCUGAAUGAGGCGAUGCGUCUUAUCCUCAUCGCGAGCGAUGAGCUUAUUGAAUUUAUCCGCAUGCUGCCGGCGGAGCUCCAUUGGCUCUGCGAGCAGGUGUAUUCCGCUGUCCAGGUGCGCUUUGGGGCGGACCUAGCAGCUCACUCCCUUGGUACGUUCCUUUGCUUGCGUGUGCUGGGUCCAGCAAUUGCCGCGCCUGAGACGAUCGCCGUCACGAUGCCGAAAGGCGAUGCGGCCCGUCGUGCACUUCUCUUCCUCAACAAAGUGCUCGUCGCACUUCCACAGGGUCGCUUCCCCGCACACCGUGAGGGCACUUUCACCGCACUGAAUGACCUCAUGAUGGAACGCGGCCAGGUCCUCGUGCACGUGCUACAUGAGUCUAGUCGACAUGGCCAACAGCAUGCGCAGCAACUGGAUGUCACGACGCGCAUCUUGCCACAACCCGUACUGCGGCCGCUUCGUAGGCUCAUGGAGGAGCGUGCGUUGCACGGCGAUGCUCAUGCGUCCACAUUGUUGCAGCUGCUCCCUCGGUCCCCGUCGCUGCAUGAGCGCAUUGCCACAGCACUUGGUGGUCAAAGUGCUUCGACGAUGCUGGAUUUUUUCUUGAAGACGUACUCCUCGGGUGACCUGCGUGGCACCUCCGCAAUACGUACGACGAUAUGCAGUGAUGGUCGCAUCAUUCUAAUGCUUCUAUAUUCAAAAUUCGAUACAGUGCGUGCUGACUUUGUGGCACUCGCACAUAUGGUGCUCACGACAAUCUUGCAAUUCAAGCGGCCGUGGAGUAUGCUACUUGAUCUGACAGGUGCGACAGAACGACAGCUUCUUCAGACGCAAUUCAUCGUAUUUGUUGCGACGCUCAUACCGGCGCCCAUCUUCCUUGCCCUGCAGUCGAUCAUUGUUGUGCACGCCGGCACUGUUGUUAAGCGGCACGGCUGGAGCAUUAAUGACGAACCGUUUCACAACUGCUUUCUGAUACGCCGUGAGAACGAAGGUGGACCUCCUCUCACAUUCACAUGGGUCACAUACGCAGACGAUAUCAAAGCGCUACAUCCAGACAUUCGUGCAUCGUUGCCACCCUCGACCACGCGUCUUUUUACGCUCAAGCCAAAGUACAUUCAUUCGAACAUAAGUAUCGACGAUGGCUUCUGCACGCCGAUGCCUGCUACGCUCACUUUGUUUGAGGAUGUGAUCGUUGUGCGCAACAAACCGCUCGCCAUUUCGUCUCACACGGCCACCAUGCGUGUAUGCGAUGUUAUGCCACUCGCUGAUAUUUAUAUCCGCUCAGACCAUGUAUCGCGUUUGUGCAUUCAACGACUGUCGUCAGACGAUGUCCUGUAUAUCAGUACGCUCGACUGCGCGGAGCUCGAACAUCAGCUCUACACUCGCUGCAUGGCGUUGGGUGCGUAUGCUGUCGGACUGUACACACCCGUGUCGCAGCAGCGCAUCCGCGCCGUGUUUGUCGGCAUGGGCCUAUUUUAUCGCACCUCGUCCGACAUGCCGACUCGUUUUGCGGCUGAUACCAUGCUGCGUGCCGCGGGUGUGAUCCAAGAUGAAAUGCAGCCAGUCUUUAUUCCUCCUAACAUGCCUGACCUGUCGUCCCUUCGUAUCCAAGAGCUGCUCCGUGCUGGUGCACUGCGCUCGGCCCUCGGCAUCGCGACGUGCCUCGGUCGUGAGCACGUCCUCUUCGGCUACGUCGACCAGUUGAUCUCCGCAGUUUGUGACAUGCACCUGCCACAAAUUCUUCAUACCGUCCUUCUGCUGUGGAUGCUGCAUCCAGAGCUUCGCACGGCGCUUCAUUCUACGCUCAGUGUACUUCACACUCUUCCCUACAAGGCGACGCAGGCGUUUUUGGAUGUAUGCAUAGAUCUGACGCCCAUGAGUGCCUCACCCGUGCUGAAUUCAAUUCAAGACACUGUGCUCACAGCGGCUUUGCCUCAUCUCCAUGACGAGAUUAUCGCACACCUUCGCAACGUCCUGACGUGCCCACAGAGUCCUGGUCUCUUGCACAAGAUGCACGCUCUCAUCGCACUGCACUCAGUGCAAUGCCUUGUGCCUGGCACGCCUGUGCGCAAGUACAUGCCCGAUGCCAUGCGCAUUGUGCUCUUGUUUUACCAGGACGUGUCGAUGACCUUUCAUACCGCAUCUUACAUGACCCUCUUCCAUGUGCUAGCUGCAUGGCCUGCACCGUCGCUCGCGCCUCUUGCGCGUGAGAAACUCAAGCCAUCCAUGUCUCUGACGGCGCUUGUCGAACUUGUCAAUACAAUUAUUUUCACACUCUCGACCAGCGUCGAAGAGUGCUCGCAUUGGACCUUGACGCUCGAGCGUCAGAUCCAGGCCGUUGCCUUUGCAUCUGGCAGCCUUAUGCAAUCGCGUGCUCUGCACGUCUUGGGCCAUCUCAGUAACUCGUCGCAGGCGAUCAUGCACAGCCUUGGUGGAGUCCUCAUGUCUUCUUUUCCACACGUGCCAUCCACGAGUGAUGCGGCAGCUAUGUGCCUGUCACGCGUGUUUUUGCCGCAGUAUGCGCCGAUACUUUUCUGGGCCGGUCUGGUCCUCAUCACCGGCGGUGCAUACCGCGGGGGCUUGCGUCUCGCACUCACUGCUCUGGAUGCGCUGGGCUCCGAUGCAUUUGCCUCGAUAGCACAGAGUCGUCUCCAGUUUCCAGAUGAUGCCGCUGCAUUCGACACAGCCCUGGGUAUCUCGUUUGAACGCGAUUUCUCGUUUGCUUGUGCAUCGGUUUUGCGCAAACCUUUGUGGGAUGGCGACUCGGGCAUUCAGAAAGAGUCUCGCAUGCUCAUCGAGCGCCUCAAUGCGAUUGUACCAAACGAAGCGAACGAUGGUGAGAACAAGGAUGCUUCGGGUCUAUCACUUCUGCUCUUUUUCAUGAAUCCCUCCGAUACAGCAUUGUCCGCGCAUCCACUGCCGCCCCAAUAUGAUCAUUUGAAAGACAAGACGCGCUCAAACAACAGGAUUCUGAGUGUCGCACUUGCGCGCUCCUUUUUGCCGCAUGCUUCUGAUGCUCAACUUCAAGCUAUGCUCCCUCUCCUCACCGAGGCCGAUCCACAUGCUCCAAGCAAAGCUCAUGGCGACGUUUUUCAUGACGCCUCUCCACUUUCACAACUAGGCUUCUCUGGCCUCAAGCGUGAAGGCGGUUCAGGCCAGAUGAUCACUGAAUGUCGAACAUGGCUUCAACACAUCGUUCAGCAGUGGGCUUGA